UUCUUUCUCGGGUUGUCGUAAACGUCAACAACACGCACGCUGCUGAAGUGGGUUAAAUUAUCCAUUUUCACGGCCAAAUCUUAGCAUAAAGAUGCCGCAGGAAAUCAAAGAAGUUAAAGACUUCCUCAUCAAGGCCCGCAGGAAGGAUGCCCGUGCGGUCAAGAUAAAGAAGAACGAGACGAACACCAAGUUUAAGAUCCGCUGCUCCCGAUACCUGUACACGCUAGUCGUGAAAGACAAGGAGAAGGCCGAUAAGCUGAAGCAAUCGCUGCCACCGGGCCUGCAAGUCAAAGAAGUGAAGUGAAGUGGUUACACGAUGCGGCUUGCCUCCUAAUGAAGCCCGGGAUGUUUUUUGGGUUUGCUCGAAUGACCGGCAUUGCUAGGACGCGGUCGAUAUGUAAUGGCCGAUUUGUUCAUGUAGUCCCUUGUUUGCGGUAAGAAGCCGUUCGAGUACGAGCGGUUCCCGUCGGAUGUUUCGGGGGAGUGCCGUCGAAUAAAGAUUAUGUGACGAAAUCGCAAAACAAACUUGGUUCAGUGCGUUGCUCUUGUGAAAAAGAAAUUGACUAAUGUAUUGGAAAUUAUGACAAUGGAUUCAGCUUAGUGGCUCUGUAAACAACGAAAAUAUCUGUUCGAUAUCGUGGAAAGUAAAGCGGAUAAUU